UUUAUCAUUUCUGAAUAAUAAUUGUUUCGUGUAGAAGGGGAAAGAAGAGUAUUGUCGAACAUCUGUCACCAAGCGAAGGCUACGUCCGUUUUAGUUCCAAAAACCGCAAUACCGUCAUGGCACCCGGUUUUCUAAUUUUUUGAAGAAAAACUAAUAUAUAUAUAUACAUAUAUAUAUAUCUGAAAUCGCGUUAAAGAAGUGUUCUUUUUUUACUAAUCGAACGUUUGUUCAUAUUUGUCUUAGAAACAUGAGUUCAGGUAGACCAAUCAAGUGUGUGGUGGUAGGAGAUGGAACAGUAGGAAAAACGUGUAUGUUAAUAUCAUAUACAACAGAUAGUUUUCCAGGAGAAUAUGUGCCCACAGUAUUUGACAAUUACUCAGCACCCAUGGUUGUGGAUGGAAUACCUGUUAGUUUAGGACUUUGGGAUACUGCAGGACAAGAAGAUUACGAUAGGCUUCGUCCACUUUCAUAUCCACAGACUGAUGUCUUUCUUAUUUGUUUCUCAGUAACAAGUCCAUCAUCUUUUGAAAAUGUUACCAGUAAGUGGUAUCCAGAGAUAAAACAUCAUUGUCCAGAUGCUCCGAUGAUACUUGUUGGAACUAAAAUAGACUUAAGAGAUGACCGUGAGACGCUUACUACCUUAGCUGAACAAGGCCUUAGCGCUAUAAAACGUGAACAGGGACAAAAAUUGGCAAAUAAGAUUCGCGCAAUAAAAUAUAUGGAAUGUUCUGCAUUAACACAACGUGGCCUGAAACAAGUAUUUGAUGAAGCAGUUCGUGCUGUUUUAAGACCCGAACCUCAAAAACGCAGACAGAGAAGAUGCAUUAUAUUAUAAAUACUAAACGAUCAGGCAUUAAUCAACAUCCCGCAUACGAUGACUGUUUACUUUGAUACUUCAAGGAGCACAACUGGAGAUAUUAAUAAUACAAUUCAAUGUCAGGUUUAAGCUUAGGACUUUUUUAUAUUAUGUACAUACGUACAUAAACAUAAUACAUUUAUUAUUAAACUGAAGAAAAGCACUGAGGUGUGUGAUGUAGUAAUGAUAUAUACGCAUUGCAUUUAUUGUAAGUAGUGCAUUUAUUUUACAGUUAUGUGCGUACUUACUGUGUCCGUUCAUUCAUUCCUUAUAUACGAAUCAAAGUCUAAAACAGAACUUUAUUAGUGGUUUUCUAGAUACUUCGCGUACUAAUCGGAUUACAUUUUAUAACAGUUUUACCAAGUAUAAAUCUUCACAUUUUAUAAACUAAACGCAAGAUACAGCACAAUCUUUUUUUUAAUAUUAUACAAGUUUUAAUACUAAUACUUAUAACUUUUUUGCAGUAUUACAAUGUAAAUAAAAUCUUUAUUCUAUUAUUCCAACAUAUAUUACUUACACCUACAAAUUUUUCUCGUUAUGCGUCGUAAUUAAGCUGUUAUAAAUCUGCAACAUAUUGUAACAAUUAAUUAAUCACAGCCUUGUUUUUAAUGAAAAUAGAACAAUUUAGGCUUUAUAAGAGAUAUUCGAAUUUAUCCCGUGUGUAUAUAUGAUGUUUUAGUGAAUAUAGGAAUGGAAUUGAUAAAUGUUUUAUUAAUAAUAGAACUCUGAAUUUAUGUAUGUUAGUAAGAUGAAUUACACUACUUACAACUUGUGCAUUUAACAAAGGUAUUAACAUUGAUUUACUUUUUGGAAGGAAAAAAAAACAGUAAAGGAUGCUACAAACCAAAGUCCAAUGUUAAUUUUAAUGUAACAUUUAUAAUUUUUAUUGUGUAUUAUUGCAUAUAAGUAUACAAAGAAUGGGUGUAUGAAAUGUAAAGAUAUUCUAGUCACCAAAAAAAUUGAUUUUAUUUGUAUAUGAAAUGUUUUACCGAAAUUUAUAUUCGAAUCGCGUUUAAUCAAUAAAAAAGAAGAGGAAAACAAUCAAAUUGAACUGACAAAAGAAAUCACAUGAAAGUAUCGAUCCAAUUUAAGAUAUCGUCAAUUUAAGUAGUAUCAAACUAAACCAAACACGAAAAAUAAGAGUACAUUAGAAUUCAAGUGUACGUACAUGCACUGAGAUACAAAUUUAAUCAUCAGUAAUGUAUAAACAUAACAUUUAUAUAUUUUCUUAAAAUUUCUGUAAAACCACUAAUUUCUGUACUAAUAAAGCAGCAUAAGGGAGCAUUAUGAUGAUACAAAUUAUAUUUUUCCUUUUCCAUGUUCAUGUUAAUAAAUAUUCAAAUAAUUUAAAACAAUUGUAUACAAAGAUUUAAGAGGAAAAACUUUACAUUAAAAAAUUAAUGGUACAAAUUUUCUACUAAUGUUUUCAUAGAUAUGGAACAAUUGCAUACAGACAUUUCUCAAAUGAAAGUUAUAUAUUUGAAUACAUAAACAAAUAAAGUUUAUAUAUUCAUGUAUCAA